AAUCAAAGUAACUGUAAAUAUAUUUAAUUAAUGUAAAAAUGCUGAUAUAGUUCAAGAAGACAUACAUGAGCUGCCAUUGUUACAGAGGAGGAUGGCAUGUCAUUCAGAAGCUUCAUUGUUUUAAUUAUUAGUGACUUUAGAUAAAACCCAUUUGAAUUAUUAGUUAAAAAAAGUCAAAAUUUUUGGAGAAUCAAUAAUGGUUUUAGGCUUACUCUGUUUCUAAACACGUCCUCUGUUCUUGAGGGAUCUCGAUUUUGUUGUCCUUCUUGUUGUAGUUGAUGAUGUAAUGUUAAGAAUAUGUGGUCUUUAUCGCAAUUAAUGAUGCUUCAUUAAAGUGGGUCCAUCUCCAAUUCUACUAUUUCUUUUUGAAGUUUGAAGCAAACAUGAAAUCAUUUGUUUCCAGGCACGAGUGCUGUAAGAGAGAGCGAAGAAUCUAUGACCAUAAGAACACAAAUUUCACAGCUCCUCAGCAUAUGAAAAUGCCAAUGAAACAGGAAAAGAAUCGCAAAGAACACGGAGAAAUUCAAUUCCAGAACACCAAAGACUCGCUAAACAAAGAGAUUUUACAACUUCAAAAGGAACUCAAGGAUCAGUUCAUAAUACGCAAAGAAUUGGAGAAAGCAACAGUUAAUCAACCUCAUUUACAUGAUCCCAUCAAUCAAGAUUUUCUUCCAAAGCCCGUUAAAGAUCUGAUCAAGGAGAUAUCCAUACUAGAAUUCGAAGUUAAGCAUUUGGAAGAGUAUCUCCUCUCACUGUAUCGUAAUGCUUUUCAAGAAUACAUAAAUCCACCACCACCAAAGAAUUCAGUUGAAGAUUCUUCCGUUCUUCGAAGCCACUCUUCACUUUCCUUAAGAACAAAUGCUCUUGAAAAAACUGUUCAUGAAGCUCUAGAUUCAUACCAUUCAUUGCCAUUAGCAAUGCUAGAGCGCACUACGGAUGAUCUCUCAAGUGUUAGUCUAGCUGAAAAUCGUGAUAUUUGUAUGUCUGCAAAUCGGCUUUCUGAAGAGAUGGUAAAGUGCAUCUCCACCAUAUACUGUCAAAUUGCUGAUCCACCAUUGUUGAGUCAUGGGUUCCUUUCAUCGCCUACUGGUUCUUCAUCACCACAAGACCAGUUUGUUUUAUGGAGUCCACAAUGUGAAGGUGAAACAACAUGGGUACAUAAGGAUUUUGAAGCAUCAAUGGAGUUCAGUGAAUCUUGGUCAAGCGUGGUUGAGGUGCAAGGUAUUUGCAGAAAUGAUCAAAGAUCGAGUAAUGUUGAACAUCAAGAACGAACCUUUAGGUCUCUAGUUUCGCAAUUGGAACAAGUUGAUCCUAGAAAGUUGAAGCCUGAAGAAAAGCUAGCUUUUUGGAUCAAUGUUCAUAACGCGCUAGUGAUGCAUGCAUUCUUGAUUUAUGGAACUCCACGUGGUGCUUUGAAGAGGAUCUCUUUGAUCUUGAAGGCUGCAUAUAAUGUGGGUGGUCAUGUCAUAAGUGUUGGUGAUAUCCAAAGAAUGAUACUAGGAUGCAGGUUACCUCAUCCAGGACAAUGGCUUCAAUCUCUACUAUUCUCAAAGCCUAAAUGCAAAUCCAAUGGUGCACAAAAAGACUAUGCGAUAGAUCACUCACAACCUCUCUUAUACUUUGCACUUUGUUCUGGAAGCCAUUCUGAUCCCAUGGUGCGAAUCUACACACCAAAGAGCGUUUUCCAGGAACUUGAAGUGGCAAAAGAAGAGUACAUUUAUACAAACAUUAGAAUAAAAAAAGGGCAAAAGUUGUUUCUCCCAAAGCUUGUGGAAAUGUACGCGAAAGAAUCAAGUUUGUGCAUGAACGGGUUGAUGGACAUGAUUGAACAUUAUGUCCCCGAGUUUUACUUGAGGAGCUUCAAGUUGAUUCGAACGGGUAAAUCUUCGAAGAAGAUCGAGUGGGUCCCGCAUAACUUCAGUUUUCGUUAUUUAAUUUUCUCAAAAACUGUAUAAGCGAGAUUCCUAUGCUUCUUUAGCUUAUAUGAUCUGGAG